CGAAGUCCCGCAGUUGGUUGUUGCGGGCGCUGGCAAGAUGGCGGCGCGGGGCAGUGAGGUAGCGCUGAGACCGGCCACGGCGACGGCGAACGGUGAGGUCAGCAGUGAAGUGGUGGCAGAUGGGCAGGUCCAAGUAUCAGAAGGAAAUCGGGUCGAGACACAGCAGCCACAGCAACAGCAACCACAGCAGCAGCAACCCCCCAAUGCCUGGCAAGUCAUCAAAGGUGUUUUAUUCAGAAUUUUUAUCAUCUGGCUGAUCAGCAGCUGGUUCCGCCGUGGAAGUGCACCCCCAGAGCAGAGCGAUCCGACGGGAGUAGCGCGACAGCCCAGCCGCAAUCUUUUCCCCAAAGACACACUCAUGGACCUACGUGUUUAUAUCUCAGAGAAUGAGCAUUUCACAGAAUUUAACGACAGUGCUCCACUUUUCUGGGAGCACCUCGACCUGGUGUAUGGAGACUGGACGAGUGGAGAAUCUGGGACAGGAUGUUAUGAACACUACGGAGAAAUAGAAACAACUGAGCAUAUGAAAUCCAAUGGUUCCAUGUACAUUCACAUAUAUUUCACCAAGAGCGGGUAUCAUCCCGAUCCAAUGAGGAAAGCCCAGUACAGACGCCUGGCUACAGUGUCAACAACAAGAAUGUUGAACAAGUACAAGAGGAGGAAGUUCCAAAAGACAAAAAAUCUUCUGACUGGGCAGACGGAUGCUGACCCUGAAAUAAUUAAGCGAGCAGAGGACUAUGGACCCGUUGAGAUUAUUUCCCACUGGCAUCCAAACCUCACAGUCCACAUCGUAGAUGAUCACACAGCGUGGUCAAUGGGAGCAGUACCACCUCCAUUAGACCAGUAUGUGAAGUUUGAUCCAGUCAGCGGUGACUAUUAUCCAAUCAUUUAUUUCAAUGAUUACUGGAAUCUACAGAAGGACUACUUCCCCAUCAAUGCCUCCCUGGAGAAACUCCCUUUGCGUAUGACUUACUGCCCGUUGUCGCUGUGGAAAUGGCAGCUGUACGCGGCACAGAGUACCAAAUCCCCGUGGAAUUUCUGGGGGGAGGAUUUGUAUGACCAACCAGAUGAGGAGCAGGAUUCCGUUAAGGUUGCUUUGUUGGAAACCAAUCCAUAUCUCCUAGCAGUAACUAUUAUUGUGUCAAUUGUGCACAGUGUGUUUGAAUUCCUCGCUUUCAAAAAUGACAUUCAAUUCUGGAACAGCCGUCAGUCCCUGGAGGGGCUCUCUGUACGCUCCGUGAUUUUUGGUGUCUUCCAGUCUGGUGUCGUGUUGCUGUACAUACUGGACAAUGAGACCAACUUCGUGGUUCAGGUCAGCGUAUUUAUUGGCCUCCUGAUCGAUCUUUGGAAGAUCACCAAAGUCAUGGAUGUGCGGAUUGACCGGGAUAAUAAAGUGGCUGGGAUAUUCCCUCGCUUGACAUUAAAAGACAAAUCAACAUAUGUACAGUCCUCAACUAAGAACUAUGAUGAUAUGGCUUUUAAAUACUUGUCUUGGAUUCUGUUCCCACUGUUGGGUUGCUAUGCUGUCUAUAGCUUAUUGUAUAUGGAGCACAAAAGCUGGUAUUCCUGGGUGUUGAGUAUGCUGUAUGGCUUCUUAUUGACAUUUGGAUUUAUAACAAUGACACCACAGCUUUUCAUUAAUUAUAAGCUAAAGUCAGUAGCUCAUCUCCCGUGGAGGAUGCUUACCUACAAAGCACUAAAUACCUUUAUUGAUGAUCUCUUUGCAUUUGUUAUCAAAAUGCCAAUGAUGUACAGAAUAGGAUGUUUGAGAGAUGAUGUUGUGUUUUUUAUCUACUUGUACCAACGCUGGAUCUAUCGAGUGGAUCCUACUCGAAUGAAUGAAUUCGGGACAAGUGGAGAGGACUCUGUGAAGGCAUCAAAAGAGAAUAGUUCCCCUGAAGCUCUAAUGGCGAAACCGGAGGAAGAGAAGAAAAAUGAUUAAGUGAACAUCUUUGUAUUGUCAUAAGUUUAACGUUUCACUGAAAAAGACAGAGUGAGACCAUGGACUGUAAUAAUCAACUUCCUGAUUUUGUAUUAAUAUAAUCCUGUUGAAGACAAGUGAAUUUGGAGUCCAGGUUAAUGUGCUGUACUGUAUUUGUUCUGAAACAUAUCUGUAUUUAAGUAUGAUAACUUUGUAAUCACUGUAUUCCAGUGUGGAAUAUUUGGUACAUUAAAUUACUAAUAACGUUUAAAUUGCAGCUAUUUGUCAAAGGGCAGCCUCUGUUCAUU